AUGGAAGCCUUCCACGAUGGUGAGGCUUCGAUGGAGGUCCUAGUUAUUGAAUUCGGUCGAGCAGGUACAGAAUCUCUAAAGGAUGCUUUGUUAACACUCGAUUGCCCUCACACUUAUCAUACCUUUGAUGCUAUAUAUGCGAGCCCACAAGAUUCCAAAGCAUGGCUAAGAGCACUUAAAGCCAAAUGCAAUGGUAAGAAGUUUGACCCAGAGAAUUUUCAAGUCAUUCUUGAGCGUUACCAGGCUGCAGCGGACAGUUCAGCAAUAAAGAGCGUUGCUGAGAUGAUUCAAAACCACCCCAAAGCGAAAGUAAUUUUGACAGUCGGGGAUCUCAGAGAUGGAGACUCAUGGCAUAGAUCCUUCGUGAAUGCCCUUCAGACAGCAGAAAGUAGCAUGGGAUCGGUAGUAUUGGGAUGCACUGCCAGAGCGCGGGGGAGCCACAGGGAUCAUUCCACAUUUCAAAAACUGGACGACACGAUAUACGAUGGCGAAUGGGAGAAGGACGGGCCAGAGGGCUUUGAGCAAUACUAUCAACGUGCCCAAUCUUUAGUUCCGUCUGAAAAUCUGCUCAAAUAUCACGUCAAUGAAGGGUGGGAGCCGCUCUGUACGUUUUUGGACAAACCAAUUCCUCCAGGGCCGGUUCCGAAUAUCACCCAAAGUACCAGGUUUAGAGAGAAACUCCGUACUCGCAAGCUUGGGAUCUCCCGUUCUGGGUUGAAGAAAUUUCUCGACAUUGCAACUCACAUUGUAAUAGCAAUGUCGUUGGUGACGGCGGCAACGACAGGACUAUCCCUAUCCCAGCUGGCAUACUAG